CUGGCAACGCAGUGAUCAGAGGUGUGGCAACGCUGCGGGCAAACGUCAAAUCGCAGCUGUCAGUCGAGUCGUACCGAAAAUGGCUGCACUUGUGCGAUUUAAUUUGUUAACAAAACCGCAAUUGGUUGCGGCACUACCGGCCAGUCUGCAGCUCCGACUACAGAGCACGCAGGCGCCUCCACCAGGCACACCGCCUCCACAGACGAAAACCAAAUUCGGACCUCUAGCUGACGAGGAUCGCAUCUUUACUAACCUCUAUGGUCGUCAUGAUUGGCGUUUAAAGGGGGCACAAAAGCGUGGCGACUGGUACAAGACCAAGGAGAUUGUCCUCAAGGGCCCCGAGUGGAUUAUCAAUGAAAUCAAGACAUCGGGACUGCGUGGACGUGGCGGCGCUGGUUUCCCCAGUGGCAUGAAGUGGUCCUUCAUGAACAAGCCAGGCGAUGGACGUCCCAAAUAUCUGGUUGUAAAUGCCGAUGAGGGUGAGCCUGGAACUUGCAAGGAUCGUGAGAUUAUGCGUCACGAUCCACACAAGCUGGUGGAGGGCUGUUUAAUUGCUGGUCGUGCCAUGGGCGCCCAGGCUGCUUAUAUCUAUAUUCGAGGCGAGUUCUAUAACGAGGCUUCCAACAUGCAGCUGGCCAUCGCUGAGGCUUACCAGGCCGGUUUAAUUGGCAAGGAUGCCUGCGGCACUGGCUACGACUUUGACAUUUUCAUGCACCGUGGUGCUGGCGCCUACAUUUGUGGCGAGGAGACCGCUUUGAUUGAAUCGCUGGAGGGCAAACAGGGCAAGCCACGCUUGAAGCCCCCAUUCCCCGCUGAUGUUGGUCUUUUUGGCUGCCCAACCACAGUGACCAAUGUGGAGACUGUUGCUGUAGCGCCAACUAUUUGCCGUCGCGGCGGUAAUUGGUUUGCCAGCUUUGGACGUACACGUAACUCUGGCACGAAGCUAUUCAACAUCUCUGGACAUGUGAACACGCCAUGCACUGUGGAGGAGGAGAUGUCCAUUCCACUGAAGGAACUAAUUGAGCGUCACUGUGGCGGCGUCAUUGGUGGCUGGGAUAAUCUGUUGGGCGUCAUUCCCGGUGGCUCUUCCACACCCAUUAUACCAAAGAAGGUGUGCGACGAUGUGAUCAUGGAUUUCGAUGGCUUAAUUGCAGCGCAAACGUCGCUGGGAACGGCAGCCAUUAUUGUGAUGGACAAGUCCACGGAUGUGAUCAAGGCUAUUGAGCGAUUGAUCUCUUUCUAUAAGCACGAGAGUUGUGGACAGUGCACACCUUGUCGCGAGGGAAUUGGUUGGAUGAACAAGAUCAUGACGCGUUUUGUGAAAGGCGAUGCUCAACCCGCUGAGAUUGAUAUGCUGUGGGAGAUUUCCAAACAAAUCGAGGGUCACACCAUUUGCGCAUUGGGAGACGGUGCUGCCUGGCCAGUUCAAGGUCUCAUUCGUCACUUCAGGCCCGAAAUCGAGAAGCGAAUGCAACAACAUGCGCAGCAGACAAAGCGCGCCAGCAAUUAAGAUAAAACGUUAUAGCUAAUUAUAUAUUUGAUUUCUUUUAAUCGUGCGCCGUUUAUGCAAAUAAAGUGUAAAGUUCUCUAAACAACAAGUUAACAUAAAAA